CGAUUUGUACGCGUUUGUACGCCACUCCCUCGUGUACCAGCAGGGUCUAAUAUGGCGGUUAUAUUGCUGUUAUAUCUGAAUCCUUAGGAUACAUUAUUUGUGCCCCAUAACAAUUCAACAUAAAUUAGACGUUGACGCCACUCUAACCAGCCUGCAGUCCUACCCGGUGUGUGAUGAAGACGGUGGCGGUGCGUUUUCAGCGUUGACGCUCGCUCCCUCUGCACCUCCACGCGCCUGAGUGCCUGGGUCUGAAGGGAGCACCUCAGCCCCCUUAGUCCCCAGACUGGCACACCACACUGGGAGAGAGGCCGGGGGCUGGGGGACCUCCUCUGCCGGGGGUGGGACUGGUUAGCCACCCCAGCUGACAGCAGCAAGUUUGCGCCGCACGGAGCAUGCUGAGUGCCUGUGGUUGCCAUGGAGCUACAGGAUAAGAAACAGGAGGAGGAGCCCGUCCCUCUGGGACUGUCCAGCGGCCAGGCCCUGGGGACCCUGAGGGACCAGCUGUGCUCCUUACUGGAGCAGCACCAGAAGCAGGGUCGACGCCGGCCGGCUCUACAGGAGCUGUGGGCUAAAAGCUUUCUUCACCAUAACAACCGGCACUCCUGUUUUCAUUGGCCCGGAGCCGCUCUCACUCUGCUGGUUGUGCUGGGCCUGCUGUGCUGCCAUGGCAGCCAGCCGCACGGCAGCAAUGGGAUUGAGCUGGUGAACGCUGGAGCCCUCUUCCUCCUCCUGCUGCUCAACCUCUUCCUCAUCGGGCGGCAGGAACGUCUGAUGAAGAGCGAGAUGGUGCGGCGACUCAAGUCCAUCAUCUCCCAGCUCAACGGCGCUCUGGAAGGCUGCGCUGGGGAGCCCCUGAGGUGGUCCUCCUCGCUGUACCCGGACCUGUACACGCCCUCCUCCCCGUCCUGGUCCCUGCACUGGACCUACCGGGACCAGCAGCUGGUCAACCUGCCCGUCAGCCUGCUGGUGGAGGGGGACAUCAUUGCGCUGAGGCCGGGACAGGAGUCCUUCGUCUCCCUGCGCGGCAUCAAGGAUGAUGAGCACAUAGUCCUGGAGCCUGGGGAUCUUUUUCCUCCCUUCUCCCCGCCCCCCUCCCCCCGAGGGAACGAGAAGCGGUCGCCCCAGACCCCUCAGCAGUUCCGCCUCUUCAGGGUGGUUCGAACCCCAGUGCUCGACUCCAUCAGGAACAGCCUGGAUCUGGCACUGUCCCGUCCCAUCACUGCCCUGGACAACGAGAGGUUCACAGUGCAGUCCGUCAUGGCCAAAUUCGCCUGCCCUGUUGUGCUGGUGGCGUUCUUCACUACCAAUGCCCUGCGUUUCUUCUUUAAUGCCCCUAGCCUCACACCCAGCUGCUUCAACUUCAUUCAGCUCCAGAUGAUGGGAGUUAUCCCCAUCCUGCCUCUGCUCUUCCCCGUGAUGUGGGUGCUGGUGAACGCCUACGGAGAGGCGCGAGUACUGGCCGAAUCCAGCCGGUCGUCCCCCACGGGCCUGCUUGCUAAGUUCUCUGAGGAUACUCUGAGCAGCUACACGGAAGUGGUGUCUUCUCAGGAGAUCCUGCGCUGCGUGUGGAGACACUUUGUCAGCAUGCUGCGAGGAGAGUCCCAGACGCUGUGCUACACCUCCAGCCUGCUCCACAGCCUCGGCUCUGUCACCGUACUGUGCUGCGUGGACAAGCAGGGUGUGCUGUCAUGGCCGAACCCCAGUCCCGAAACCGUGCUCUUCUUCAGCGGGCGCGUGGAGAUGCACGACAGCCAGGACGACCUACGGGACGACCUCUCCGUGGGCUCCUUCAGCCGCAUGGAGGGGGACGAGGACAGGGACGAGGUGCAGGAAGGGGAAGCUCUGCUGUCCAUGACUGCGAUGGAGCCCUCCGUCCACACCGGGCAUGAGCAGGAGCCCAGCGAGACCUCCCACGACACGGCCCGCUCGUCCGAAGCCCUGCGCUCCCGCCGGCCUCCCCAGGCCCCCCGCACCAAGCACCCCUCGGGCUCCAACGUCAGCUUCAGCCACGACACCGAGGGGGGGGACAACGACCCCUCACAGCCUUGCGGGAUGGAGAUGGGCUGCUGUGAGGCGGAGGACUUUGUGUGCGACUACCACCUGGAGAUGCUGAGCCUGUCCCAGGACCAGCAGAACCCGGUCAGCAUCCAGUUCGACGACUCGGGCUGGCAGGGCCACCUGCCCUCCCUCAAGCCCCUGGGCCUCAACAUCCUGCUGAACCUGUGCAACUCGGGCGUGACCCAGCAGCUGUGCCGCUUCUCUGACCACCUGUCCAACCUGGCGCUGCAGGAGAGCCACGGGGCCGUGCUGCCCGUCCACGUGCCCUGGGGGCUGUGCGAGCUCUCCCGGCUCAUCGGGUUCACUCCUGGGGCGAGAGAGCUCUUCAAGCAGGAGAACCACCUGACGCUGUACCAGCUGCCCUCGGGCGAGAAGGCCAAGGAGUCGGCCCCACGCCGCACGCCCAACUUCACCAAGCGCCAGCCUCCCAUCAGCCACCUCAUCAGCCUGCUCGUGCGCGACAGCACCACCAACAAUGUACAGAUGCUCUCCCACGGCUCCGCUGACCUCAUACUGGAAGCCUGCACUGACUUCUGGGACGGUGCCGAUAUCUACCCCCUCUCUGGCUCCGACAGGAAGAAGGUUCUGGACUUCUACCAGCGAGCCUGUUUGUCAGGGUACUGCUCCGCCUUCGCCUACAAGCCAAUGCAAGUGACGCUGUCACCGCAGCUGAACGGGAAGUGUGUGGAGUUGGCCCCCGGCCCCACCCUCUUUUCCGGGGUGGAGCUGCCCAGCACCACGCCCAUCAAGCACGGCAGCAGGAGGAACAGCUGGAGCUCAGACGAGGGCAUCGGGGAGGUGGUGGAGAAGGAGGACUGCGUGCAGGCCUUGAGUGGCCAGAUCUUCAUGGGCAUGGUGUCCUCGCAGUUCCAGGCCCGCCUGGACACGGUGCGGCUGAUCGACGCCCUGGUCAACGCCUGCAUCCGCUUCGUCUACUUCUCCAUGGAGGACGAGCUUCGCAGCAAGGUGUUUGCAGAGAAGAUGGGCCUGGAGACAGGGUGGAACUGCCACAUCUCCCUGACGCCCAACGGCGACGGUCACUUCGACGGCGCCCCCUCCAGCCCCAGUCACGCCGGCUCCCUGCAUGACGACCUACACCAGGACUCUCGGGAUGAGGCAGAGGGGCCCCUGCUGCUGGAGGAGGAGGGCCACUCGGACCUCACCAGCUUCCAGCCCACGGACAGCGACGUGCCCAGCUUCCUGGAGGACUGCAACCGGGCCAAACUGCCUCGCGGGAUCCACCAGGUGCGCCCCCACCUGAAGAACAUUGACAACGUGCCUCUGCUGGUGCCUCUCUUCACUGACUGCACCCCCGAGACCAUGUGUGAGAUGAUGAAAAUCAUGCAGGAGAACAGGGAGGUGACCUGCUGCCUGGGGAGCUCGGCCAACUUCCGCAACAGCUGCCUCUUCCUGCAGAGCGAUCUGAGCAUCGCGCUGGACCCUCUUUACCCCUCGCGCUGCUCUUGGGAGACAUUUGGCUACGUGACAAACUGCGGGAUGAACGGCGAUGAAGAGGGGCUGUCUCCACUGGGACUCUCUGGCCAGCUCAACAGCCUUGCCUGUUCUGUCACUUUCCACCAGGGGGAGAGUGUGAGCAUGGUCAAGCUCAUCGAGCAGGCGCGGCAUACCACUUACGGCAUCCGAAAGUGCUUCCUCUUCCUGCUGCAGUGUCAGCUUACCCUCGUCGUCAUUCAGUUUGUGGCGUGUCUGGUUCAGCUUCCUCCUCCUGUGAACAUCACCGAUAUCCUGUGGCUGUCCUGCUUCUGCUACCCGCUGCUCAGUGUGUCCCUCCUGGGGAAGCCGCCGGACAGCUCCGUGAUGUCAGUCGCCACGGGCAAGAACCUGGAUGCCAUUCCUAGGAAGACCCAGCAGUACUUCCUGGGGUGUUUCCUGCUGAAGUUCAGUCUGACGGUGUGUGCGUACCUGCUGGGGUUCGGCUUCACGCUGCAUAACGUGUGCUCCCUGGCUGCCAACAGCACCAUCCCCAGGCCUGACAACAGCAGCUGCGUCCACAUCCUCACUGUCAGCAGCUCGGAUCCCCGCGCUCCACACUGGUUUAGUGAUCUCUCAAACGGCCUGCUGCUCUGUCAGAAGGUGAUGGCUGGAUUCCUGGCACUCCACACAGUGGUAAUCUCUCUGAGCUAUGUGCAUCGCUCCCAGCCGGUAUGGAGAAAGAGCCCCUUCAGUAACACCUGGUGGUGCCUGACUGUGCCUGUGGUGUUGCUGGGACAGGUGGUACAGGCAACUGUAGACUUUCAACUGUGGCAAGACAGAAGUGGUAACAAUGUGCAAUUUGGCCUGAGCGACAUCCCUAUGCUGGUGUGGCUGCUGGUGUCACUUUCACCAUUACUGGUGGUACUGAUCAACGAGGCAGUUAAACUACAUGAAAUCAGGGUGCGAGUGCGUUACCAGAAGAGGCAGAAGUUGCAGUUUGAGACCAAACUGGGCAUGAACUCUCCAUUUUGAGGAAACCUUAGGUGGGGCUGGGGGAUCACCAUGUGACUCAGACUCAGUCUACUCGACCUUGGGAGACGGGCAGCACCUCCUCUCAACACGGCCCCCCCACUUCUUGGUGACACUGCCAGCAGACAUACUGAAGAAGGUGGAGUAACAGUUCUUGGCAACAGCAUUGAUGGUUUUACCUGUGGUAGUGAUACCCCUGUUGUUUUUAAAUGAUCACAUUAUCUGCUGUCUUUCAUUUUGAAAAACACAAACCAUUCUUAGGUUCAUGAUUCAACCAAAUGUGAAAGCUCUUCAUUUCAAGAUGUUUUAUUUUUAAGGCACGGAGAAUGUUCGCCUACAUACUGCCUGAAUCUGAUGCCUGGAGCUUCUGCUUCAAGCACUCUGAGUGCUCUCCCGCUUACCCUGUCUUAUUCAGGCAGAGUGAGACAGACCCACACUUGUAUUCAUACCUUCACUUCUCAAGGGCGACUGAUCUGUCCACAUGGUCCCUCGUGCCCACACCCUUAGACUGUUCACAAACCAAAGCUCAGCCAAUUUGACACCCAUGUUUUUUGCUGUGUGCAAUAUUACUGUUCCUGAAUCACUGAAGCAAUUCAUCUUGGGGGUGGCUUGUUGGUUGUUCAAUAGGCACUGGUGGGACUCCUCUCAUAACCGUAGGUAGAAAUAACAAACAUGCUCUCCAUGUGGCCGCUGAGACUUGUAUCUGGCAGACAGGAACAGGAAUUAUAUGCCUCUGUAUUGACUGACACCCUUCCUUACGCGCUGCCAAAGAGAGAGAGAGGUGCCACAGGGACGGUUUAUGGAUGUUCUUGUCUUGACUUGGUGUGCUUUGGCAUGUUACGCCUUUUCUUGUUUUAUUUAAAAACACUUCAGUGCCCCGUCGGUUGAUUUCUUUAAAAAAAAAAAUAAUAAUAAAAUAACAAAACAACCCAGGGAGAUUUUUUAUUUGGUUAUGCCAAUAAUUUAUCAGACAGCCCUUUUAGGGCAGUCUUCUACUUGAUGUGUGCUAUACUUAACAGGGCUUUUCAAUGUAAGAUAAUGCCUUUACAAAAGAAGUCCCAGACCAAGUUAGGUCAAUGUUAAUUAUUAUAGCCGUGUGAGCUAUGGGUGGUUUCUCAAAAGAACAACUAAAUGUGACCUUUAAAAAAUGUUGGUCAAAUUGUAUAAAUGACCAGAGGAAGGCAACAAUUUUAAGGCAUGGAUGGGGUACCCUGCACACCUGCAAAAUGAAAUAACAGAAUAACGAAUAGAACAGGGAAAAUAUACUAUGAAAAAUAUAGAUAUUUUAAUUUAUUUAAAGACAGAAAUAUCUGAAGAAUGUUCUUCUUUGCUUUCAACCAUGUACAUACAGUAGAAAUGACCAUUUUAUUUCUGGUUCUGUUUGUGUGGUUCCACUUGAGUUAGGCUCAUUUGUGUACUGUAGUGAAUCAGUUUGCUGCUGCAUGCCUAUUUUCAGAAGUACUGUACAGCCAGGGCCUGAUAAAAAUUACUCAAGACCUCAGAGGUCUUCAGUUGUGCAGAUGGACUGAAUGCGUUUCAUUUGCCUGUUUCUUUCCAUGUUGAGAAUUUCCAUUAAAAAGCUCAUGGAAACCAUUGCAAUCAGACUACACUGGAAGGGCCAGGGUUUUUUUCCACUCUGAACUAAGCAACUGCUAAGUUUUCACUUGAUGUCAUUUAGAAGUUUUCUUCAGGCGACUAUUAAAGUUUACACCUCUGGAAUGCUGUCCUUUGUGGGCAUUGAUGGGGACAAUGCAUGGCAUUUUGUAUGUCGAUCAUUUCCAACUGUCUGAAUGCUGUCCUUCCAGAACAUGUGAGUCUCUUGCCAUCAAGUACUGCUUGCAGUUGUACUUCAGAGUUCAAGCCCAUAUGGAAAUGAAGCGCUAGAUUCAAAAAAUUAACAGCAUGAUCUGCCUGUUCAUAUAAGCACUGAAGGGUAUGUUUGAUCAUUUUAUCCUACACCUGGGUUUAUCUGCAUACAAAAAUAACAAAUCUUAGAAAUUCAGUGCCUUGGCAUGGCUGUGUUAUUACAGUAUGUCCCUUAAGAAAUUCUUAUGUUCUGAAUGGUACUGACAACUACGAUUCCAAGUGAGCCAGUGUUUCCGUCAAUGGUCAGGUAAUCAGCCGCUGGUUUCUCCUGUUUCUAUGCUGAGCGGUGCCAGCUUUUCCUUUAAGCUGGCCUCCUUUUCCCUGACCCAGCCACAGCAGCGUGGUCUGCCUCCAUUCUUCCUUGUAUGUGCAAUAAUCUCCUGGUCCCAGCUGAACAUUCCUUUUACCCUCAUAGUAACUGUAGAGCUGGCCUUUUUCAUCGGGUGAAGGAGCUGUGCAUAUUGUAUCGUGUUAAAUUUAGCCAUUGAAAAUAAUUUAACAAGGCUCUAUUUCUGCACUAUGAAUGGGGCAUGAAAAUGAUGCGUUUUAGAAUUUUGAGCUCAGUGCUUGGCUCCUGAUUGGCUCUCACAUUAUGGUCCCCUUCAACCACAUCUUUGGUCACACUACUAAUACAGCCCUAUCUAUAUAUAAUCCAUGCAGAGACCAGUAAAUAACUCAUUGCUAUACUUCUGCAGGUUACCAUAUAUAUGCAGUAGUAAAAUAUGGAAACCUUCUGCAUUCUCCUACUGACUAAGCAUUUCACAUCCUUUUAUGCACCAUGUUUGUUCUGUAGCUGGUUUGUGGUUUCUGGGUGAUGAAUGUUAACAGCCAAAAAAACAGCCUUCAUGGUUUUCUAUGCCUUUGCAAGUCCCAUGUAAGCUAUUUGUCUUUGUGCAUUUGUAUUUUUUAAGUGGAUUUCUCUUAAAUUUCACUACUACAUGCUAAGGUAGCUACAUAAAAAAGAAUCUGCUGUUAUUGUACAGUCCACUGGAGUGCAUGACUGUGACAUUGAUCUUCUAAAGCUUUGCCUGGCAGAUUUAAAAGGGGUGGGGAAAUGGUUGUAAUGGAAGCCAUUCAGUGGGCUGAAGAGCUCCAGUAGUUUGAGGAAACAUUGGAAACCUGGCCUUAAUUAUUUGUGUGUACAGCACCAGCAAAGACCACUCCUCAAUUUGCACUAGACAGUGUAAGCUGGGUUGCUCACUUAGUCAGUUGGACAUCUGUAGUGUGACAACUGUCACUCAGUGGGAUUGGCAAUAAAAGCUGUUGGUUUACAAUUUAGAUGUGUGUAUGGAAGCCAGGUGGAGCUGUCUGUGGAAAUCUGACGUUGCCCAGGUUGAUAUGGAUCGCACUGUUUGAACUGAGUCAGAAUGCGAAAAUGAAAAGCAAGUACUACCCAUAAUGUACUGUAAACAGCAACAAAGGCACAUUGAGCAACUCAUUUAUUUUCUGCGAUGCAUUGUGAAAUCCAUUUUUAUCAUUUUUUAUCAACUGCAUGCGAAAAUAUGACACACAAAAUAAGAUGCGCUGUCUUCACCUAAUUAUUUCAUAGUCUGUUCAUUUCUGUCCUUUUGUUUUUGAGCAUGCAUUGCUAGCUCAAUCAAGCAGCGAGUGUUCUUGAUAUUUUUUACAUCGCUGACGGACACCUUUCCGCCACAUUCCCUACACCUUGCAGAUCCGCUAGUGCGAGGCUGUAUAUUUCUGUGCAUUUACCAACGGGCACUGGAAAAGAACCUGCAUUGAUUGACUGGAUUAGAGAUUGACUAGUUUUGUGGUUGUUAUCGACAGAUUUAUAAAAGGUGUAUAUUUUGUAUUUUUUCAAACAAUUCUAUGUAAAAUUAUUUCUGAUUUUUAAAAUGAUUUGUCAAGCAAUUAUGUCAUGUUAAUAAAUAUUGUCUUUUUAAAAAUA